AUGUGCACCAACGACUGCUAAUACUGCGCUUUACAGCUGCGCAGGGCACCUCGGCUAUAAAGGAAUAUUAAGAUUCUACAGUGUCGAAAUGUUUCAUGUAGUUUUGAGAAAUCCAGCCGUCCUCCUCCAGCACGGACCAUCAUGGGCUGUAUCACGGGAUGUAUCAGUGCUGUAGUGCAGAGGAUGAGGAGCAGGAUGAGGCUCGGGCUGCUGCGCGAGCUCGGACGCCAAUAUCCGCUAUUCUGCUUUCUCCUGCUGCUGCUUCUGCUGUCCACUGUGCUUUUGAACAGAUAUAUUCAUAUAAUUAUGAUGAUCUGGUCAUUUCUGGCCGGAGUUGUUACUUUUUAUUGCUCUUUGGGGCCCGAGUCUCUUCUUCCCAACGUCCUGAUAUCAAUUAAAGCGAAGAAAAAGGUUUAUCAACCGGAGCUAUUCCCUCUGGGCCACAGCUGUGCUGUUUGUGGAAAUAUCAAAUGCAAAAGGCACAGGCCAACCUUACUGCUGGAAAAUUAUCAACCGUGGCUUGAUCUUAAGAUUCCAUCCAAAGUGGAUGCUUCUCUUUCACAGAUUUUGGAAUUGGUCUUGGAAAACUUUGUGUAUCCAUGGUACAGAGAUAUCACAGAUGAUGAAGCAUUUGUGGAUGAGCUCAGGAUGACUUUACGCUUCUUUGCUGCAGUUUUAGUCCGCAGAACGCAAAAGGUGGAUGUUGCAUCACUCAUCUUAAAGAAGCUUCUCAAAGUUUCCAUGAAGCACAUCGAAAUUAUUAGAAAAGCCAGACAGAAAGUAAAAAACACAGAACAAUUCCAACAAGCGGCUCUGGAGGAGUAUGGUCCAGAUCUUCACGUGGCUCUUCGCAGUCGUAGAGAUGAACUGCUCUACCUCCGAAGGCUGACUGAAAUGCUCUUCCCUUACAUCCUUCCUCCUAAAGCCACAGACUGCAGAUCUCUCACUCUCCUCAUCAGAGAGAUUUUAGCUGGCUCUGUCUUCCUCCCUUCACUGGACUACUUAGCUGAUCCUGACAUAGUGAAUCAUUUGAUACUGCUUUUCAUUGACAACUCUCCACCUGAAAAAGCGACAGAGCCAUCUUCAGCUAUGGUUCCCUUCCUUCAAAAGUAUGCCGACCCUCGCUCUAAAAAGCCCUCAGUACUAAAGCUUGAACUCAGAGAAAUCCGGCAACAGCAGGACUUGCUUUUUCGUUUCAUGAACUUCCUGAAGCAUGAAGGUGCAGUGCAUGUGCUCCAGUUUUGUCUUGCUGUUGAGGAAUUCAACAAUAGUAUUUUAGAUCCAGACUUGAGUGAUUCCAAGAAGGUGAUGCUACACAAAGAAGUGAAGAAGAUCUAUGAGACCUACAUUUUGGACGAGAGCAUUGAUAAAAUCCGUUUUGAUCCCUUCAUCGUGGAAGAAAUACGUCGCAUUGCUGAAGGCCCAUAUGCAGAAGUUGUUAAGCUGCAGACCAUGAGAUGUCUGUUUGAGGCUUAUGAACACGUCCUGUCACUCCUUGAGAAUGUUUUCACGCCCAUGUUUUGUCACAGCGACGAGUACUUUCGCCAUCUUCUAAAAGGGGCUGAAUCUCCCUCAAGGACUUCCAGGAUGAGCAGCUACUGGGACUGGAGCCCUGAGUCCCUCCCCUCUUUCUCCACGGCCUCUGACAGCUCUUCACCUGCAUCCUCUAACUCCAUCCAUGCCCUGUUCACCACUCCCCCACACCGCCACUCAUCGCCCAAGAGCACAUCAAGGCGAGGAGAAUCCUUUGGAAUCAGCCGCAUCGGCAGUAAAAUUAAAGGAGUGUUUAAGAGCACCACCAUGGAGGGGGCCAUGCUGCCGUCAUACGGGCUGGUGGAAGGAGAGGAUGAUUUGGUGGAGGAGGCCUUGAUGGUCUUGGAGGACGACUCUCCAUUAGAAGCUGCCUCCACUCCCUGUACUCCUCCACGGAACCUGUCUGCAUGGAGCAUCAGCAUUCCUUAUAUUGAUUUCUAUGAUGACGACACUAAACGGGAGAGGAUACCUGUGUUCUGUAUUGAUGUGGAACGCAAUGACCGGAAGACAGUGGGUCAGGAGAUAGAGCACUGGUCAGUGUACAGGAGAUACCUGGAGUUCUAUGUUCUUGAAUCAAAACUUACUGAGUUUCAUGGCUCUUUUCCAGAUGCACAGUUGCCAUCCAAGAGGAUCAUUGGCCCUAAGAAUUAUGAGUUCCUUACUUCGAAACGUGUGGAAUUUGAGGAGUACCUUCAGAAUCUUUUGCAACACCCAGAGCUCAGUAACAGUCAGCUUUUGGCUGAUUUUCUUUCUCCUCAUGGCAUGGAGUCACAGUUCCUCGACAAGAUGCUGCCUGAUGUUAACCUUGGGAAAAUUAUAAAGGCUGUUCCCAGUAAACUGAUAAAAGAGAAAGGACAGCACCUGGAGCCUUUCAUCCAGUCAUUCUUCAACUCAUGUGAAUCCCCCAAACCUAAACCAAGUCACCCGGAGCUCACUAUUCUAAGCCCCUCCUCUGAAAAUGAUAAAAAGCUUUUCAACGACCUCUUCAAGAACAAUGCCAACCGCUCAGAGACCUUGGAGAAAAGGCAUAACCAAAAUUACUUCAUGCAAAUGAUAACUGUGGAUGGACUCUACGACUAUUUGAUGUACAUAGGCCGUGUUGUCUUUCACAUCCCUGACUGGCUUCACCACUUGUUAAUGGGGGGCCGAAUCUUGUUCAAGAAUACUUUGGAGGCUUACUCCCAUCACUAUCUGCAGUCCAAACUGAGCCAAGUGCUGGAGGAACACCGCAUUGUUUCCCUCAUCACUCUGCUCCGAGAUGCUGUUUUCUGUGAGAGCAGCCAGUCUCGCUCUGCUCAGGAGAAACACAAGAGGGCCAAAAAAGCCUUUGAGGAAAUGCUAAGUUAUAUUCCAGACAUUAUUGGCAAAUGCAUUGGAGAAGAGGCCAAGUACGAAGGGGUCUGUCUUCUUUUUGAUGGCCUUCAACAGCCAGUUCUCAAUAAGCAGCUAACUUAUGUGCUUUUGGAUCUCACUAUACAAGAGGUUUUUCCAGAACUGUGCAAGACGCAGAAAGAGACCUCCAAUGUAGCACCGUGGAUGUAAAAUACUGCUGUUAACCAGAGGCUAGCACUAGCAUCGUUCAAAGCACUUUCUACUUCAUAUCAUAGAAUUAUAGUACCUUCAGUUUUCCUGUACGUGUGUAUUUUUACUGUAUGCGCUGCUUCAUUUUGUCUUUCAAACUGAACUGAUAUUUGUAUAUUUUGUCAUUAAAUUGAAGUC